AUGACGCACUUCUCAGCCUGCCUCCACCAAUCACAGUACCUCGACGACUCGUCCCUCUCUCUCCAAGACCUCUCACUAGCCAGGCUACCUGCUGGACUUAAUGAUCAACUUCGGAUGGAGUUCGUCCUCUUCCCUUCAAUUUGCAUUAAUGCCUCUCGCUGUAGCAGUCGAGCACUGUUUCACGAGGCGCAUCAGUACAGGUUAAACGGAACUCCUGACCACUUGGAAGGAUCGAUCCUCCCGAGCUGUCACAAGACCAACCAACCCGACCCACUCUCACCAUUCACUUGGACCCGCCUCGAAUACAGACAACACCGGGACCAUCGCAACCAUCGCGACCACCGCGUUUGGCACCGGUUGCGUCAACAGAUGCCUCAGCUACUGAGGCGAGGCUGCAGCCCUUCUGACGCCAAUCAGAGAAGCAGCCCGUCGCCUCCUUCCUUGUCGGGCUGUGUGCCUACGUCGGAGGCCCCAAGACCAGACCGAGUCUGCUUUAUCGCCAAGACACUAAAUCAGCUCACGUCAGACUUGGCGGUGAUGGCAGAGUCUAAAGAACAGACUGGACUCUGGGCAGAAGAAGCAGAGGAAGCGAGGUGUGAAACAGGGGCUGAUGCCUCUGACGGUGCCAGUUCUGGAGAACACCAAAUCGGCCUGGCUCGCAGUUAUGCCAAAGAGUCAAGCGGUCUCCAGGCCAUGUGGCGCAUCACUACGUCCGUUGUAGUAACUAAGCCGGGCAAAGUCUCUCUUUUUGGUCCCUUAGGUCAGGUGAAAAGAGGGAGGAAGCAUCGUCAGAAGAUGAACCAACAUUGA